AUGUACGCCCAAGAGAGUUCCCAAAGAGAGAUCCAGAUUUCGCCAGAGCAAAUACCUUCGACGGGGCUUAGUGUGGUGUACGAGCCAGGAGACGAUGCCACGAUAGUCGACGUUAUUCUAGUCCACGGUCUAAGAGGCCAUCCCUACAAGACUUGGAGAUACAAGCAGGGCUCGGAAAAUGCAGAGAAGAAAUCGAAGAAUCAGGAACAGAAGGCCCCAAAGUUUAACAAUUCGAAGCGACUUGAACUCAGACAAAGUUUCAAGGCCUUGGUGAAACGCUCGUCGAGUAAAAGACGCCAGGACAGUGUCCUUACUACCUCUACGACUCGAACCUCUGCAGCCGCACACGAAAAUAAUUUGUCUGUUUUCUGGCCGGCGGACUUGCUGCCAAUGACCUGCCGAAAGGCUCGGAUUCUCACUUUCGGAUAUGAUACAAAGAUAACAAAAUUCACCUCGGGUCCGACCAAUAUGAACAGUAUUUACUCUCACGGAAAGGACUUAUUAUUCUCGCUCGGCCGCAAUCCCAUACCAGAUCGUCCCUUGAUCUUUGUUGCCCAUAGUCUCGGCGGUCUACUUGUGAAAGAGAUGCUCGCUCUAUCGUCUAUAUCCGAGAAACCAGAGCACAAGAAGAUUGUUGAAUCGACCGCAGCUAUAGUCUUUCUCGGAACGCCCCAUCGCGGAAGUCCCAAGCUCGCAGCGAUCGGCGAUUGGGCUAGAUCAAUGGUUAGCAGUUUGCGAUUCCAAACAACUUCGACAAUAUUGGACACCCUGGGUCUCAAGACAACAGAUCUCGAACGUACGCACGAGGCCUUCUGUAGACUCUGGAAUACGUACGACUUCCAAGUAAAGACUUUCCAAGAAAGCCUGGGUCUUACUGGUAUAGGUUUGGGUGUAUUAGGAGAUAAAGUCGUACCGCACGAGUCUUCGUUGAUUGGUGAUCCGAGAGAACAUGCUGAGACUCUUCAGGCCAAUCAUAACCAGCUAAGUCGCUUCAGCAGUGCUAACGACCCAAACUAUAUCAAAGUUGCUGGCGAGAUCAAAGCCCUGUAUAAUGCGAUCGACAACGCGCAGGACCAGAACAAGCCCUCUCAGAAAUCGACACCUGGAGCUCGGCAUCAGGCAGAAAAGAGUGUGCCAUUGAUGUCUGACGUUUACAAAUCACUCUCUGAGACCAGCUUGCCAAAGUUUCUCGACAAGAAGAUACUCAAUGACUUCCUCGCAACCCUACGGUUCGAAGACAUGAACGCACGACGAGAUUCGAUCCUGCCACCUUCGUUGCUCACAGGAUUUUGGUUAUUCGAGGAAGAACAUUUCGAAAAGUGGCAAACAGCUUCAGAUAAGAAUCAGCACCUGUUAUUCAUCAAGGGAAAACCAGGCGCCGGCAAAUCGACUGUGAUGAAAGAGACUUUACGGCGAAUGCAGCGUGAACUUACUCUCAACAAGGACGGUGGUGUAUGUGCAAGCUUCUUUAUCGAUGCUGGUGGCCAGCUUUUGCAUCGCUGCUCAGCUGGAAUAUAUCGAUCGUUACUUUACCAGAUCUUACCACAGACCAGCAUUUGCAACCCCAGCGCUUCUAGCGGUUUGGAUCAACAGGCUUUGAUACAGACUAUUCAAGAAUCCGUUCUACAGUCUGGAAAAAUCAGGAAUGAGCAACAACUUCAGACGCUGCUCACACAAACUCUUCGGUUUGUGUCGUCUACGGGUACACGGAUAUUUAUCUUUUUGGAUGCACUGGACGAAUUAGGCGAAGUGACACAGAGCCAUCAGGUCGACUUCUGGAGUGAACUGGUUCAGUCACCUGAUCUUCAGACUCUGAGAGUCUGCUUAUCCUGCAGACAUUUCCCCAACAUCUCAGUUAAUGGCUCUCUCGAGCUUAAAGCGGAUGUAUACAACCGGCAAGACAUUUUCAACUACACCAGGCGACGUCUCAAGGCACGAAUCGCUUCUGAUGAAGAACUUUGGAUAAAAGAACUUGCAUCGAGGAUCUAUUCCCUAUCAGAAGGUGUCUUCUUGUGGGUCGUACUGGUCAUAGAAGAUGUUCUCACCAGGUACAACCUUGGUAUUGGUCUGCAAAUGCUUCUUUAUAAAGUCGAAAGCAUGCCAUCUGAGCUCGACGAUCUAUACUCGGAGAUAUGCGGUUCACUUACCAGAAAAGAGGUGCCAGUCGCACGCAAGAUGUUUCAAUGGGUUUUGGCAGCAAGCAGGCCCCUGCGUCUUGAUGAAUGGCAUCAUAUAAUUGCUUUCAUUAGACCUCUGAAGCCGAUGUCUCUUGCACACUGGCGAAGUUCAGACAGUUACACGACGACUGAUGAUCACCUUGUGAGACAGGUCAAAAGGUUAUCGAUGGGUUUGCUGGAAGUGACCAGUGAACGGCCGGUUAUCAAGCCUGGUGAGCUCGCGGAGGUUUCAUCCGUGAACGCUGGUGCUGGAUCUAUGGACCAUGAACAGGGAUCGGCUCGUGUGGUUAGAGUGAUCCACGAGUCUGUUUACGACUUCUUCAUAAACAAGGGAGGUUUUCACAAGCUAUGCUUAGAAAUAGCCAAUCCUCUUCUGGAUUGUCAUUACACGAUAAUACAUACUUGCCUCGACUACCUUUUCAUUCCGGAAUUGGACGAGUUUGUUGCCGCUCGACAACGUCUCAAUUCGGCGAGCGUAUCAACAUCCUCCUUUCAUUCCUUCCCAUCGGAAGACCCCCGAGAGUCGAACACCAAGCCGCAAGAUCCCGGCAUCAGACAUGAAUUCAGGAAUUUGCGGAAAUUGCCCAGCUUGGAUCCAGAUCGGCGUGUGGAGAACUGGUUGACUGAACAUGGACUAUCGCCUUGCGAUGCUUCUAUCAUAGGCUCUAGGAGAUAUUCCGUCACUCAAGAAUCUAUUGGUAUUGCAUCACGAGCGCUUGUUCACUACCCUGCUUUGCUUUUAUACAUCAUGGCCGACGUCCAAUAUCAUAUCGAGUUCCUAAGCUCAAGUGGAGCUUUAGGCUCUUCAGCCUGGCACGAGCUAGUGAAAAGGCUUCGAGAGCAGAAAGUUUCAGAUCGCCUCACAGCACUUCAGCGAGAGAAUCAUAGAAGGGAUCGAACGGCCGAGUUCCUUAGGGGAUUGCCGGAACAUGGACCGCAACUUGCCCAACGGUUAGACAAAGCUCUAAGAGUCGAUCUAAAAUUGGAUAGAACUAACAAGCGAAAACGCAGGUCAAAACCAUUGUCAACUCAAAGUCUUGGCAAUCCGCGAGAGAGUCGCGGGAGAGACUGGACAGUGGAGUUUCUCAAGAGUUUGCCAGAAAAGGAGUGGCCUCCUUUGGACACAAGGGCAUGGCCAUACCCAGCUCAAGGCUCCAGGAGACCUAAGAGUAUCGCGAGCUUUUGCUCUGCAACAUCCUCCAUCAUGGGCGUCUUUACAAAAUUCCGCUUCUUCAAUCUACGCCUCGCGCUCUCAUGCGUGCUCAUCGCCGUGUCGACGUUCAAUUAUGGCUUCGACAACCAGGCUUUUGCUACGACGCAGGCGAUGGAUGCGUUUGAUAAGCAGUUUGGUGUUUGGAAUGAGAAGACGGAGAAGUAUGUUCUUGAGCCGUCGUGGCUUUCGCUGUUUAACAGUCUGAACUACAUUGGUUUUGCUGUUGGUGUUCUUAUUGGGACGUGGAUUUCUUCGCGAUGGGGAAGACGGUGGUGUAUGUUUGUCAUGAGCUUGUAUGCUCUUUGUACAGCGACUAUAGCUGUCACGUCGUUUCAUCGGGAGCAGAUCAUGGCAGCUCGAAUCCUCAAUUAUGUUUAUGUUGGAAUGGAGCUUGGCGUUGUCCCAACCUUCCAGUCUGAGAUCGUUCCUGCUCAAGCUCGUGGUUUCAUGGUCGGAUCCUACCAACUUAGUCUCGCGGUCGGCGGACUCGUCAUCAACAGCAUCUGCUUCGGAACAAGCUCCCUCCCCGACAACCGCGCCUGGCGAAUCCCCCUCGGAAUGUUCUACAUCGUGCCUAGUAUUGUCGUAGCUGGCAUCUGGUUCGUUCCCGAGUCGCCGCGGUGGCUGCUCCGAAAGAAUAGAGUUGAAGAAGCGCGCAAGAGUCUACAGCAGAUCCGUGAAGGCGCUUUCACAGAUGAAGAGAUCGAUGCUGAGUUUACUGAACUCAAGGUCUCUCUGGAGCAGGAGACUGAGCAGGGAAAGUUUGUUGAGCUGGUGAGGGGUAUUAAUCUCAAGCGAACUAUUAUCGUUAUGGCCGUCAACUUUUAUCAACAGGCUGGUGGUCAAGCUUUCGUGUCGCAGUAUGGUACCAUCUACGUCAAGUCGCUUGGAACCAUCAACCCGUUUGGUUUCAGUUUGAUCACAUCCGCAAUCAGCAUCGUUUCAAUUACCUGCAUCCUUCUUUGGACGGACAUCGUUGGUAGACGUGUCCUCAUGAUGGCCUCGUCCGUCACCAUGUUUGCUGCCAUGAUGACGAUGGGUGGUCUUGGUAUCGUAACUCCUGUCGAUGAUUCGAGGAAGAAGGGCGUGAUCAGCAUGAUGGCUGUGUUCGCCUCUGGCUUCGGAAUGGGCUGGGCACCUCUCGUCUAUGUCGUCACAACUGAGAUCUCAGCUCUUCGGCUGCGUGAUCUUACAUCGCGAGUUGGCUUCACCACCAAUGUCAUCAUGAACUUCACUGUCAACUUCAGUAUCCCCUAUCUCAUCUACGACAAGUACGCCGGCUUGAACAGUAAAGUCGGCUUCAUAUUUGGAGGAAUCAUGGCUACUGCUCUUGUCUUUGUAUACUUCUGUGUCCCUGAGUGCAAGGGUAAGACACUAGAGCAGGUCGACUUCCUGUUCAAUCAGGGUGUUCCGAUCCGACAGUUUGGAAAGGUUGAUGCGGCGGAGAUGAUGCGGGCUACACAGGAGGAAGAUGGCCUGGGCAAAGUGCACUCGGAUGGGAAGAAUAAUACCUUGACAGCUGAGCAGCGAGUCUAG